AUUUCUGCUGUGGAUCAACCAGUGGGACACAACUUGUGUGUGCUUUCAUGUUCACGGACUGUUUUGCAAACUGAGAUUACACACACAAAAUGUCUGACGAAGGAAAAAUCAUCUUAUUUGGCAAAGAUCUGAUGGCAAUAGACAAUGAAAGCUACACUGUCAACUAUGAUGACUAUGACUCAUGUUGUGGAGAGGUGUGUGGUCAGUACACAAGCAUACGCUUCGAUGCCAUCUUCAUCCCCAUCCUGUACUCUCUGGCAGUAGUUGUGGGGUUGUUGGGCAAUGGCCUGGUGCUGGGGGUACUGUGGCAGAAGAGGCGAAGCUGGAGUGUUACGGACACAUUUAUUCUGCACCUGACUGUGGCUGACACCCUGCUGCUUCUCACAAUGCCCCUGUGGGCAGUGGAGGCAGCAGAAGGGUGGACCUUUGGCACUCCACUCUGCAAAAUCACUGGAGCACUGUUUAAGAUCAACUUCUUUUGUGGCAUCUUCCUGCUGGCCUGCAUCAGUCUGGACCGUUACCUGUCUGUUGUCCACGCUGUGCAGAUGUACUCUCGUAGGAAGCCUCGGCUGAUCCAGCUCAGCUGCAUUGCUGUCUGGUUCUUCUCUCUGCUGCUCUCUAUGCCUGAUUGGAAGUACCUACAAGCUGCCAGAGACGAAAGGCGAGGUAAAACAGAGUGUGUCAUUUGGUACCCUUCUUCAAGAUGGGGUCUAGCCUUUCGUAUACUCUACCAUGUGUUGGGCUUCUUACUUCCAGCCGUGGUUCUGCUCUACUGCUACUGUUGCAUCCUGGUGCAGCUACAGCGAGGCUCUCAGGGUGUGCAGAAGCAGAGGGCCAUACGUGUCAUCCUGGCCCUGGUUCUUGCAUUCUUCAUCUGUUGGACCCCUUACAACAUUACCCUGCUGGUAGACACCUUUCACACCAAUCAAAUGAGCAAUAACACUGUUAAUAACAGCUCGUGCGAGACCACCACUGCUCUAGAUAUUGCCCUUACAGCCACGACCACCCUUGGCUAUCUGCACUGCUGUCUGAACCCAGUCCUCUAUGCCUUUGUUGGAGUAAAUUUUCGUCGCCAUCUGCUGGACAUGAUGAGGCCCCUGAGCAGCAGGCUGAAGGGCAGAGUGGACACUGUCUCCCGCAAGAGUUCAGCAUGGGCCGAGUCUGUGGACACCUCACAAACCUCAGCUUUCUAAGGGAACAGAACAGAACAGUGUUUUCUCUUCUGCCAGUCUGAUGUAAAUCUAGACCUCCUAACAAAAUGUACUGGAAACAAUUUUGCAUAAUGUAGCUCAAUUAGUUGCAGAAAUGCCUCAAGGUUACAUGUCUUCAACGAGGGAUGACUGCACUGUUCAAGACCAUUGUUCGUAAGUAUCCAUGCAUUGAGGAGUUUAUUUAAGAUGCUUAAGGUGUUGCAUUAGGGCAUUUCAUCCUAGUGUUAGGAAAGAAGUGAAGCAUUUCAACUGUGUUUAGUAGGUUUACCAUAAUGUGAAUUUAGACUCAGCACUGGAUAGUCUGGGCUCUAUGUAAAUAUGUCUCUUACAUUGUUUCUUU